AGCAUUGGCUUUGUUAUCGAUGCUGAGCAGUCUUGGUACCAGCCCGUCAUCGACAGUCUCACAGACGAGCUCAUGCAAAAGUACAACACCUUGAAUGGCCCCGCCACCUGCAUCGCCUCGUUCCAAGCUUACCUUCGCCGAUACCCCCAGCUCCUCGACCAGCAGAUCGCCCGUGCUGAAGAGCGUGGCUACAAACUGCUCUUCAAACAGAUCCGAGGAGCAUACAUGGUAACAGAGGCUGAGCGGUGUAAGACAGAUGGUAAACAAGGACACAGCCCCGUAUGGCCAACCAAGGAAGAGAUUGAUGCAAGCUUUAACUAUGGUAUCGAGAAGACUGUGGCCACUAUUGCUCAACAGGUGCGAGAAACAGGUCAUUCUAAGCUCAGCGCCGUUUUCGCUACCCACAACUCCAUCAGCGUCGGUCUCGGGCUGGACCUACUACAAAAGCAUGGAUUGGCUCGGCGAAACGAUGAGAACGGAAAGCUAGUGGUGUCCAAGGAAAUAGCCGGCAGUUUCGCAUUUGCCCAGUUGUACGGCAAGUUGUCAUUUCUGCGAAGCCGAAUGAAGGAUGACCUCACCAACAAGAUUACUGGUUCGAUAGAAGCGGAAGGAGGCUUGCCGCUUGUGGUCAAGUCAAUGAGCUACGGCGACUUGAAGGAGUGUCUGCCUUUCCUGGCUAGACGAGCGAUAGAAAACAAGGCUGUCCUUGAGGGACGAGGUGGAGCUGCUGCAGAGAGAGUUCGACUUGGUCGUGAGAUAUGUAGACGUAUUUUG